AUUUUGAUACAGCCUUAAACUUUUUGCGAGCUUUGUAAAGACUAAGAAAAAGUACAAUGAAUGUCUUUGUUGUUAUUGCUUUCCUUAUUGUGGCAUUGUCAAAUUGGAUGGAUAUGAGCAAUGGAUCUCUUAUAAGAAUACCUCUGAAGAAAGUCACCAUUGAUCAAAACCAAUUGAGUAAUCUGGUAAGAAGUGGACUGUUUGGUAAAUUUAAAAAAGGAAAAGGAAAAGGAAAAGGAAAAGUGCCUUUGACCAAUGUGGGGAAUGAGUAUUAUUAUGGAGAAAUCAGUAUUGGAAACCCUCCACAAAAGUUCAAGGUAAAUUUUGACACCGGAUCUGCCGAUCUUUGGGUUCCUUCGUUGGGGUACAAGUGCCAAACCAAGUUAGGAAAAAAUUGCGAAUACCAUAAAUCAUAUGAUGCCAGCAAAUCUUCAACAUAUCGAGAGAUCAUUGGUGGACAUUUUGAAAUAAAGUACGAAACUGGAGGGUUGCGUUGUCGAUUAUCUGAAGAGAGUGUAAAAGUUGGCGGAAAAGUCAUAAAAAAUCAAAUUUUCGGUGAAGCAUUUGCAAUAACCGAAUUUCCUGAAGACCUAUUAUUUGAUGGUAUUUUAGGAUUAGCUUACCCACAGGCUAGUCCUAGUAGCAUACAAGAACUAAACGCUCCUACAGUUUUUGAAAAUAUGAUGAUACAAGGUGUACUAGACAAACCAGUGUUUUCGUUUUAUCUGAGCCAAGCUGAUAAAAAGAAAAAAGGUGAACUGCUGCUCGGUGGAUCAGAUCCAAAGUAUUACAAAGGAAAUUUCACAUAUAUACCAGUAUCAGAAAGAAAAUAUUGGCAAAUUAUUGCACAAAGUAUUUCUAUCGGCAAUCACGUCGUGUGUAAAAACUUUAAAUCUAUUAUAGAUACUGGUACUUCUCUUAUCCAUGGAACAAGGAAAGAAAUUGGAAUUAUUAACAAAAAAAUCGGUGCAACCCGGUCUAAAUGCGGCAAAGAUAAGCAAGAAGAUUGUUACGUUAUUAAUUGUAAGAAAAAUUUAAAGGAUCUUCCUGAUGUAGUAUUAUCUUUUGGAGGCCAACAAUUUGCCGUACCUUCUACAACAUAUAUAACCAAGGACGUCAGUGGUAAAUGCAUGUCAAAUUUCGAGAUAUUGCCCCCUGACAUGGAAAAAGACGAAGAAUGGCUGGUGGGAGAUACGUUCCUGAGGAGUGUUUACACCGAAUUUGAUUUUGGUGAAAACCGAAUUGGAUUCGCAAAACUGGCUAAAACACGUUAAAUUUAUAACCAAUUAAUAAUAAAGCAUUUCUCUUAACAA